AUAUGGAAGGACAGGAAUGAUGCAGUAUUUAGGGGCAAAACCCCUAGAUCCAAUGCCACAGUAGUUGCUGCUGCAGCUCACCUACUUGCUAUGAGUAAUAUUCAGACUGAUUCUAGUUCAACUAGGAAUUUGGAUACUCCUGGAACAGACUCUGAAAUGAUUAGGUGGUCACCACCCCCUUUUGAUAGGGUUAAAAUUAACUUCGAUGGCUCAGUCUGGAGGAACUCUGCAGCUGGAGGAUUCGUAAUCCGAACCCCUAAUGGUAAUCCACUAGUUGCAGCUUCUUCUAAUUUUGGAAUUACCACAAUCUCAGUUGCAGAAGCUCUUUCACUCCGAAACAGCCUCAUUUGUGCCAAGGAGAGAGGCUUGUCCAGAGUGGAGGUUGAAGGAGAUUCGAAACUUGUCAUCGAUGCAGUGAAUGGCAUUGCUGCUUCACCUUGGAGGAUCCUCAAGUUAGUUCAAGAAAUUAGAUGUUUGAGGAACUCCUUUGAUUUUAUUAGUUUCAAGCAUAUUUUUAGAGAGGCUAAUUUUGUAGCUAAUGCUGUCGCAAAUGUUGGCCACAAAGUAGGAGAUGUUCGUUUUUGGGAGGAGUGUGUUCCUCCGGAAGCUAGCCUAACGCUGUUUUUUGACUAUGUAAACCGCGGGUGCGUUAGAGGCACCUCCAUUUAA